CGCAUACAUUUACCGUGCAUGUAACCUAAAACAAGCAGUCGCGUGCCGACCGCCAAAGACGGCGGACGUGUUUUGUUUUAUUUAAAAAAUACCUCGUGGUCUGACCGCGUGCAUCACAAAGUUAUAAUUAUGGCCCGCCUAUCAGAACUAGCAGCAGUCAUAGCUGUGGUUAUUUCCAUAUCAUCCAGCAGUAUCGUCACACCACCGAAGAAGGAUGGCACCUUCGAGCUAUUGAUUCUGCACAACAAUGACAUGCACGCAAGAUUCGAGCAGACCUCACAGUUGAGCGGGGCUUGUACCACCGCUGACAGGGACGCGGGGAAAUGCUAUGGAGGUUUCCCGAGGGUUGCUCAUGUAGUAAAAGAGGCCAGAAAAGCAGCAGCCUCCGGCGAAGGUCCGCCUGUAUUGUAUCUGAAUGCUGGUGACACUUACACGGGGACCGCCUGGUUCACGAUAUACAAAUGGAAAAUUGCUGCAGAGUUCCUUAAUGCAUUACAACCUGAUGCUGUAUCUCUUGGCAACAAUGAAUUUGACGAAGAAAAGAAAAGUAUCUCACCUUUUCUUCAAAAUGUGGAUUCAACCAUAAUUGCUACAAAUGUGAUCGUCAACACACCAGAGGCUCAAAGUAAAAUAAAGAAAUCUUCCAUUAUCAACAUCGAUGGAAAUCAAGUUGGAAUUGUUGGAUUUCUUACACCGGAAGUUUCAGAAUUAGACAGCGAGGGAAAAAUAGAAUACGUAGAUGAAGUUUUGGCACUCACAGAAGAAGUUACUAAGCUGAAAAAACAAAACGUUAAGAUUAUUAUAGCUUUAGGUUACUCAACUUCCAAAACUAUUGAAAUAGCCCAAGAGGUAGACGGUAUUGACUUGGUCAUAGUCGGAAAUCAAAACAAAUUCUUUACAAAUGGAACUGUAUUGAAUGAUGGAAUAGAAGAUUAUGAAAAUUUAAGAAUUAUAUCACAAAGUUCCGGCAAACGUGUCCCUGUCAUAAAAUCCUAUGCUUAUUCGAAGUACUUAGGAAAAAUAAAUCUAGCAAUAGAUAAUCAUGGAGAGUUAAUCCACUUUAAUGUUGAUUAUCUUCUUCUUGAUAAUUCGAUACCACAAGAUUCUGAAGCCUCACGUAUGACCAACCACAUGGAAAACAAUUUAGCAUUUAGCUCGACGUCUCUUGGACAGACAGCUGUAGUACUCGAUGGUACCUCCUGUAGGAGGGAAGAAUGUAAUCUCGCUAAUUUACUAACUGAUGCUAUAAUACAAUAUUAUGCCAGCAGAUUUGAAGGCGCGCGUUGGACUGACGCACCAAUUGCUAUUAUACAUGGGGGCGCAUUAACCGGUAGGAUUGCCCCUGAGAAACGACCGGGUGAUAUAACAAGAAAUGAUUUAAAUUCGGUUAUUACUUCCUCCAGUAAUUUAGUAGCCGUCACAAUGAAUGGAAAAAUAUUAAAUGAAGCUCUUGAACAUUCAGUUUUUAGUUACACAACUGCAGGUUCAGAAGGAUUCCUACAGUUUUCUGGUGUUAGAGUAACAUACGAUUUUAAUAAAGACUCAGGUUCAAGGAUUGUAAAUGCUGUAGCUCGUUGUUGGAAUUGUGCUAUUCCUGAAUUUUAUGAAAUUGAAGAUGACAGAGACUAUAAAGUAAUAAUGCCUUCUUCACUAGCUAACGGAGAGUUGGGUUAUUCUAUGUUUACAAAUCUACCAAAAGUAAAUCUAAAUUAUGACGAAGUUACGUGUGUUACGGAAUUUAUUUCAACAAGAAGUCCGGUAUACCCAGAAAUAGCUGAUCGCAUAAUUCUAAUCAACACUGAUGCAUCCCUUGGGAACCAUGAAUUCGACAAUGGAAUCGCUGGUUUAGUGCCGUUUAUUGCCAACUUGACUUGUCCUAAUCUUGCUGCAAAUCUCGUCCUCGAUGAAGAACCGGAAUUAAUGGCACAACAAAAAUUAAAAAAUUCUGUAGUUUUCGAUGUAAAUGGUGUUAAAGUAGGCGUUAUUGGAUACUUAACGCCAGAUACACAAUUCCUUGCGAUAAGAAAUAAAGUCAAGUACAUAAGUGAAGUCACUGCAAUAAAAAAUGAAGUUAAAAAACUGCAAAGUGAAGGAGUUAAAAUAUUAAUUGCAUUAGGACAUUCUGGCUUUACGAAGGAUUUAGAAAUAGCAAAAGAAGUAGAUGGUAUAGAUCUAGUAAUUGGAGGUCACACAAAUACUUUUUUAUGGAAUGGACUUCCUCCCGAUUCUGAAGUUCCUAUCGGGCCUUAUCCAAAGAUAAUUAAACAAAAUUCUGGAAGAAACGUUCCUGUAGUACAAGCAUAUGCAUAUACCAAAUACUUAGGUUACUUGCGUUUGACAUUUAAUUCCGAAGGUGAUAUUAUUAAUAUAGGUGACACUAAUCCAGUGUUGUUAAGCCCCGAAAUCCCUCAAGACCCGGAAGUUUUGUCUAUCGUAAAUAAAUAUCGCGGAGAUGUAAUGAAAGUAUCUGAAGUAAUCGUAGGUAGCACACUAGUCUUUUUGGACGGACAGUCAUGUCGAUUAAGAGAAUGUAACAUAGGUAAUUUAAUCACUGAUGCUAUAGUUCACAAGUAUGCGUCGGAAUACACGGGCAAGGGUUGGACGGACACUCCAAUAGCAGUUUUACAAGGAGGUGGUAUACGAGCAUCUAUAAAUAAUGUCAAUAAAAUAACUAAUAUAACUAAAGGUGAUCUACUUACUGUGAUGCCUUUUGAUGACAGGGUUGUAAGAGUCACGAUGAAUGGUUCAGACAUUCGUAUAAUGUUGGAGCAUUCAGUUGCUGAAUAUAAUCUUAUUCGUGCUCCAGGCCAAUUUCUACAGUUUUCUGGUAUGCGAGUAGAAUAUGACUUAAAAAAGAAACCUGGCCAAAGAGUCGUAAAAGCUCUAACAUUAUGUGGUAAUUGCAAAAUACCUAUGUUUGCACCUUUAAAUAACAGCGCUUCUUAUAAUAUACUCAUAAAUGGAUUUUUGUCUAUGGGCGGCGAUGGUUUCUCGUCUCUUGGAAAUCACGAGUUCGAUCAUGGAGUUAGCGGAUUAACACCAUUUAUAGAAAAUCUAACAUCUCCAGUAUUAGCUGCUAACCUCGUACUCACUAAAGUACCCGAAUUAGAAGCAGAACCUAAUUUAAGAAAAUCAAUUGUAUUUAACAUAUCUGGAACGCCUAUUGGAGUUGUCGGUUACCUAACACCAGAGACAAAAAAAUUAGCCGUAAAAAAUAAUGUCGAGUAUAUAGACGAAAUAAUUGCAUUAAAAGGAGAAGUGGCAAAUCUAAAAAGUGAAGGUGUGAAAAUAAUUAUAGCUCUAGGACAUUCUGGAUAUUUGAAAGAUAUUGAAAUCGCAAAAGAAGUAGAUGGUCUGAAUUUAGUUAUUGGAGGACAUACUAAUACUUUUCUCUGGAAUGGUACCAGCCCAGAUUCUGAGAAAAUAAUAGGUCCUUAUCCCACUUAUGUGACACAAGCUUCAGGUAAACAAGUACCUGUAGUUCAAGCUUAUGCUUACACUAAAUACCUAGGUAAACUUCAUAUGGUUUUUAACAAAAACGGUGAACUUUUAAGCGCAGAUGGCAAUCCAAUCCUGUUGGAUAAUUCCAUACCUCAAGAUCCAGAAGUUUUAGAAAUAAUAAAUGGGUAUAAAGCAAAAGUUCUAAAUUUAACAGAAGAAGUGAUCGGCACUACAUUAGUUGUCUUAGAUGGCCAUAGCUGUCAACACAAAGAAUGUAAUCUUGGUAAUUUAAUUGCAGAUGCCAUGAUUUAUAAAUAUGCUACAGAAUAUAAAGGAGAACAUUGGACUGAUGCGCCCAUAGCUAUAAUCCAAGGUGGGGGUAUUAGAUCUGCAAUCGCAGUUAGGGAAAUACCAACCGCAAUAACCAAAGGAGAUUUAAUAGCAGUGCUACCAUUUGAAGGAGUAUUGGUAGUUGUAACAAUGAAUGGCACUAUAUUAAUGCAGAUGUUAGAACACUCUUCGCUGGGAAACCAUGAGUUCGAUGAAGCGGUGGAUGGAGUAAUACCAUUUAUAAGAAAUUUAACUUCACCGGUAUUAGCUGCUAAUCUCAUUUUAGACGAAGUACCAGAUCUAGAGGCUGAAAAAAACCUAUACAAAUCUAUAAUUAUAAAUAAGAAUAAUGUAAAAAUUGGGGUUAUCGGUUACUUAACACCUGAUACAAAAUUUCUCGCUCCAAGAAAUAAAGUAAAUUAUGAGGAUGAAAUACCCGCAGUAAGAAGAGAAGUGCAAAAGCUCAAACAAAAUGGCGUUAAUAUAAUAAUAGCUCUAGGCCAUUCUGGUUUUAUAAAGGAUCUGGAGAUAGCUAGUGAAGUUGAAGAUAUUGAUAUAAUCAUAGGCGGACACUCAAACACGUUUUUAUCAAAUUUUAAUACAACUGAAAUACCCGAAUUUCCACAAGGACCGUAUCCAACUAUUGUCAUGCAAAAAUCAGGAAGAAAGGUCCUUGUGGUGCAGGCUUACGCAUAUACUAAAUACAUGGGUAGCUUAUAUUUAACGUUUAAUGAAAAUGGUGAUAUUGUAAAUUACGAGGGUAAACCAGUUUUAUUGAAUAAUGCAGUACCACAGGACCCAGAUGUUUUAAAUAUAGUAAAGAAAUACCAUAGUGAAAUUGAUCGUAUAAAUAACGUAGUUGUAGGUAGCUCUCUAACAUAUUUGGAUGGAGAGAGUUGUAGAUUGUACGAAUGUAACUUAGGAAACUUUUUAAGCGACGUUAUGAUAAACUACACAAAACAUUACUACGCUGAAUUUUCUCAAGUAAAUAUUGCACUUAUCCAAGGUGGGAGGAUAAGAACGUCGAUAGAUCAACCAAAGAAACCGUUCAAUUUAACAAGAGGCGAUUGGAUUACAGUCAUACCAUUUUCCGAUACACUUUGUAUAGUCCACAUGAAUGGAAGUGUAUUAAUGAAGGCUUUAGAGCAUUCUGUAGAUUCAUGGAGAAAAAUUGACGCAACGGGACAAUUUUUGCAAAUGUCCGGUGUAGAAGUAACGUAUGAUCUAAAUAAGGUAGCGGGAUCCCGCGUCAUUCGAGCAAAAGCUGUCUGCAGUGAUUGCAAUACACUGAAAAAUAUAGAAGAUAGCUUACAAUACCAAUUAAUUAUGUCAGAAUUUUUGGCAGACGGAGGAGACGGUUAUUUUAUGUUCGAAGGACUAGAAAAAGAAUUUGUGGCAUACAAUGAAGUUACUUGCGCUCUUGAUUACUUGAGCAAGUUUAGUCCAAUCAAUCCCAAAGUAUCAGGACGCAUUAAAUUAUUAAAUGAAGACAAGAUUAUGAAUAUACCAGUUCUUAUUGAUGCUAAUAUUGGAUCGCCAGACAGACUCUUACCUUCGGGCACAGAGAGAAGACAAUUAAAUAUAGUAACGAUUAUAACAAUAAUAUGCAUUGUUUCCCUUUUCUCAUAGGAAGUAUUUAAUGAAAAUUGAAUGCCAUAAAAUGACAUGCGAUUGCAAUCAAGUUCAGAGAAUAUGAUAUUAAGUCUUUGAUGAAGUUAAAAUAGCUGAUGAUACUGCCAUCAUAAUGUAUUUCCCAUUAUCUAAUCAUCAAUUGAAAGCUACUCUAUCGUGGAGAUGCCUGGCCACUAGCGAAGCUGGAGUCAAAAAAAUUGUCUAAGUCUCUGGUCUGGCAGAACACAGAAGACACAUUACCCACUUGUCUGUUUAAAGCAAAACGAUCAGUACACGGAUAUUAAAUGCAUCUUCGGUUACAACACAAGGGGAAACCGGAGUUAAUAAAUAAGACGGGUACGCUUCAUCCGUUCCACGAGUAUCCUCCUCUAUUUUAAUUAAGUCAAAGCAAAGCAAGCUUAGUUGUAAUUCAAAGUGAUUACCUAUUUUAGUAGGGGAGCCCAGGAUGCUAAAUGUGGAUUUACUCGAGCGUCACGGGAACCUAUUAGAAUUGGUAGAUUAGACCAUAGCGAGAAAAAAAGGUCCUAUAAUGUUUUCACUUUUAGCGGUGGGGAAGGGUUUUUUGAUUUUUUUUUAAUUUAAAAAAGAAAAAAAUUGGCUUGGAAAUACUCAAGCGCAUUAGAUAUUGAUAUUUUGCAUGCUCCAGGACGUCACUGAAAAAUAGUAUACGUUAAUCUGACGAUUUAAGUGGCGAUUUAAUCGCUAUGAAGAAAGGGUAAAAAAUUAAAGUAAUAUUAUUCGAGCGCGUCAGAUUAAUAUAUGGGGGGGUUAAUUACAAUAUAAGAAGUCCCCAUUUCGCUAAUCUGACGAUUCGAGCUCAACCUUAGGGAAUUAUGGAUUAUUCAAAUUUUCCAGCGGGGCCCCUGAGCGCACCCACCAACCAUAACUGCUCAUAUUGACUAGAGGUACUAAUGAAUAGCUAAGGUACCGUCCCUUAUAGUAAUCUGACGCGCUCGAGUAAAUCCCAAAAUCCCCUCUUGGGCUCCCCUACUAUUAGUAUAUUUUGUUAGAUAAAGAUACAAAGUAUCAUAAAAAUGAAAUUAUAAAUAUAUAGAUCUGUAACGUACAUCGUAAUACCUCAAUACAAUACGUAUUUUUUUUAUUAUUAUGUAUUUAGAAUAUGUUUAAUACCACAGAUUAAAAAUAGUUACUACGUUUAAUACUUAUGUAUAAUUGUGGGUCGUAUCUUAUAAUAUUAAAAAUCUGUAGAGCAUUGUUACACCAUGAAAAGGGUAUUAAAAGAUUUAUAAUGAAAAUAAAGAAAACGCUACAUUUGCUACAAAGA